GUGCCAAGCGCUUCAAUACCAAUCUGUACAUUACCGCCCGUGGCAACUAAUGCCAGAAAAUGGCGGGAACUACGAAACUUAGAGACUGCAUCGUGUUCCACGCAUACUUCUCUCCCAAACAAGCUGUCGUAUCCAGGUCUGUGGUCACGAGGCGGCCUGUCAGUACACCUACCUCCAAAAACAACAUCACCCAUUACUCUCAAAAGUCGGCUGAUCGUCACCUUCAGAUGACUUCUUUUCCUCCGCGUCUUAUUCGAAAUUUCUGCAUCACGGCACAUAUCGACCAUGGGAAAACAACACUAAGCACCAAACUACUUGCCCUAGCAGGAACUCUCGCACAGACUCAACAGAACGAAAUGUACCUGGACAAGCUCCGAGUUGAAAAAGAACGCGGCAUCACGGUAAAAGCACAAACCGCGAGUAUGCUGCAUAUAUACGACAAUGAAACAUACCUGUUGAAUCUAAUUGACACACCAGGACAUGUCGACUUUUCCUACGAAGUCAGUAGGAGCAUGGCAUCCUGCGAAGGUGCUCUGUUGCUUGUCGACGCUGCCAAGGGAAUUCAAGCACAAAGUAUAGCAAAUUGGUGGCUGGCCAAGCAGAAUAACUUGGCUAUGAUCCCUGUGAUCAAUAAAAUAGACUUGCACACGGCACAGCCAGCCAAAGUCGCAGCGGACUUACAAAACACUCUGAACUUUAAGCCGAAUGAAAUCUUACAAGUUUCGGCUUUGUCAGGAAUAGGAAUUGAGCAAAUCUGCCCAUCUAUCGUCGAGAACAUUCCCCCGCCAACUUGUCAGACAGACGGUCCAUUUCGAGCCCUAUUAUUUGAUAGUUGGUAUCAGGAUACCUUCUCCGGAGUCAUCUGUCUAAUCAAGGUCGCUGAUGGCUCUGUCAGCGUAGGCGACAAAAUUGUAGCCGCGUCUACUAAAAAAACAUACCAGGUAGUGGAAGUCGGCAUCAUGUUCCCCGAGUUAUAUUCAACAGGCGUAUUGUACAGCGGUCAGGUUGGUUAUAUUAAAAUUGGCAUGAAGUCUGCUCAGGAAGCACGGGUAGGUGACACCUUUUAUCAUGAAGAAAAAGUUGUACCAUUGUUUCCCAGCUACCAACCUGUGAAACCAAUGGUCUAUGCAGGUCUAUAUCCGGACGUCAACUCAGAUUUCAACGCGCUCUGCAACGCCAUGAAUAAGCUGUUGCUGACAGAUGCCUCCGUGACGACGACCCGUAACGUUAACAAUGUGCUGGGUAUGGGAUAUCGCUGUGGUUUCUUAGGACUUUUGCAUAUGGACGUUUUUUUACAGCGGUUACGAGAAGAAUACAACACAAAAGUGAUCGUCACUGCACCAAGUGUUUCUGUUAGGGUCGAACUGAGGUCAGGCGAACAGAUAGAAGUCACACAAACUAGCGCAUUUCCUCCCAGAGAACAGAUCAAGCAGACAUUUGAGCCAUUCGUCAGAGCUUCUUUGUUCGUUCCGAAGCAGUAUCUAGGCACCAUCACCAACCUGUGCAUUGAACGCCGCAGUACAUUGAUCAACACAGAAUGGAUUGAUACCAAGUGUGUUCGCUUAACCUAUCACAUGCCAUUGUCGGAGGUCAUAUUUGACUUCUUUGAUCAAGUCAAGCAACUCUCUAGUGGAUACGCUACCUUGGACUAUGAAGAAACUGGAUACGAACCCUCGGACCUUGUCAAGUUAGACAUUCUGCUCAACGGAGAAGUAGCCGAACCUUUGUCAGUCAUAUGCCAUCGAAGUAAGGCAGAGACACUCGGAAGAAAAAUAGCUUCAAAGCUCAAAACAACCAUACCAAGACAAAUGUUCGAAAUACGAGUGCAGGCCGCAAUCGGCUCUAAAAUUGUGGCAAGAGAGAACAUCAAUCCGUUCAGAAAAGAUGUAACUGCCAAGUGCUACGGAGGGGAUGGUACUCGCAAACAAAAACUCUUAGAAAAGCAAAAAGAAGGCAAGAAGAGAAUGAAGUCUGUGGGAAAUGUGGAAUUACCACCUGAAGCCUUUAUGGCCGUUAUCAAGAUAUAAGAACAUGUCCGUAUGCAGAAAAUGUUUUGCGACUUGCAUCUCGGAGGUAAUAUUCUUUUGAGGUCAUCUCUGUCAAGAACCAAGAACAAUAAAGCAUAAGCCCUAGUUUGC